AUGGCGAACCAUCGGGGAGGCAUGUGGCUAUCGGUGUCGCUGCUGUGCUGCUGCCUGGCUGCCGCGGCGGCAUCAGAGGACCGCGCGGCCGACGAGGAAUACAUUCGUGCCGCAAAGGCCAACCCCUACGAAGCUUUCCGUCGCUGGGCGGAGGAGCACGGCAGGCCGUACCUCGAAGGCACGGAGGAGCACUCAUCGCGGUUCAAGAUCUGGCUGGCCAACCUGGAGUACAUUGUGGAGUACAACCCCCGUCACGAGAGCCACUGGCUGGCUAUGAAUGGGAUGGCAGACAAGAGUCCUGCUGAGUACAAGCAGCUUCUGGGCACUCGUGUGCCAAAGGAACGGCUGAGAGUGGCAGCUCCUGCAGCUGGUCCAGUUGCCAAGACAAGUGUCGAUGCGAUCGACUGGAGACAGUACAACGCUGUGACAGAAGUCAAGAACCAGGAAACGUGUGGUGGCUGCUGGGCAUUUUCAGCCACGGGGUCGAUAGAGGGCAUCAAUGCCAUAGAAACAGGGGAGCUGGUCUCGCUCAGCGAGCAGGAGCUGAUCGACUGCGAAACCACUGACAAAGGGUGUGAGGGGGGUUGGAUGGACGAUGCCUUUGCUUGGGUCAUACAGAACCAUGGCAUCACCCUGGAGAAAGACUAUCAAUUCAAGGCAGUCGAUGAACGUUGCAAUGUGAGGAAGGAACAUGAACACUUUGUGACCAUCGAUGGCUAUGGUGACAUUCCAAAGAGCGAGGAUCUGAUGUUCCAAUAUGCAGCCAAACAGCCUGUCAGCAUUGCCAUUCACUCUGGGGACAGUUCCUUCAUGCUCUAUGGUGGGGGCAUCUACGAUGAGCCCUGUGGCGUGGACCUGGACCAUGGCGUGCUGGUCGUGGGCUACAAUGUCUCUGGGGAGGAGGGCUACUGGAUCGUCAAAAACUCGUGGGGAACCGAUUGGGGCGAGGCUGGCUACAUACGCUUGGCAACAGGCCUCAACAAUGGCCAGGGCCAGUGUGGCAUGGCCCUGGCAGCUUCCUACCCUGAGAAGACUUCGCCCAAUCCACCAGUUCCUGGCCCUGCUGUGGCACCAGCCCCCAUGCCGAUGCCAGGGCCUGAACCCGCUCCUGGACCAUCAUCUCCGCCUGUGCAGUGCGAUUCCGAGACGGAGUGCCCAAGCACUGAUACGUGCUGCUGUGUGAUGUCGAUCUUUAACAUGUGCUUUGAGUGGGGCUGCUGCCCUUAUGCGGAUGCGACCUGCUGCGAAGACGAGGUGCACUGCUGCCCACCUGAGUUCCCAGUGUGCGAUCCAGACAAUGGUGACUGUAAGAAGACAGCGACGUCUUUGGAAAGCGUGCCCUGGGCAACAAAGACCAAGGCGAUGCCAAUCGGCGAUGGCUUGAAUGAGCUACCACACAGCGAGGACGCUGUUGCCAGGUCAAGUCCCGUUGGUGGGCAGUUCACAGAGACUUAA